UUUACACUUUCAUCGGUUGAAAUGCACGCGGCGCUCCGCGGUGGACGAGACGAGACGCCGGCCGUUCCAAACAACGUCGAGCUUACACACGAAUUAUAACUCGCCGGACCCACAGUGAUACGAACUUUGCUUGUGAUUUGUGCCCCGAACAUUUAACAGUGAAUUACCGGACUGGACUUUUGGUGUUGCAAAUAAUAUUAUCGUUCUGCUCUCUUCGUUUCUGUUGAGACAUGCUUGAAGUAUAAAGCAUGGGUCAGACAGAGGACGCGCGUCGUUCGCCGGAGCUGCCGCCGCUGCCUCCGCCCAUACAGCCCUGCAGCGGCUUCCUCGGGAACGGCAAAACAGUAAUCCGUCCGAUAGCGUUCAAGCCGCUAGGUGGGCGACUGUCCGCGGGAGGAGAGCGGUAUGGCUCGACCCCAGUGCUCGCCAGUCGGCCGCCCAGCCAUAUGACGCUCUACGGCAGUUCGUCAGACGUCCGCGAGGCACGAUGGUGUGGGUCCCCACAACCAGCGUCGCUUUCCGCUCUGCCGCCCGCCACGCUCUCCGCUCCGCUGCACCAGCGACAUCACUCCGCUAUCGUUACAAAGUCGAGCUCGGGUUUGAGCGGCGGGGACAACAAGGAGCCUGCGCCCGCGCCUUCGCCCGCCGACUCCGGAGUUUCAGAGCUGGAGCGGGACCAACAUGACUAUAGCACCACCGACCGCCUCCGCAACCACGAGGUGCGGCUGCGGGCGCCAAGAGGCCUCAUGCUGCAGAACUACAACACGCGAACCAACGAGCGUGAUGCAGAACUGGCGAGAGUGCGUCGAGACAGAGCCUUGUUGAGACAACGCCUGGAGGAUACUGAGUGGAGCUUGUGCCAGAGAGCUGGCGAGAUCGCCCUGCUCAAAACACAGCUUAAGGAUGCUCAGAACGAACAAACCGUCAAGGGGCACGAGUAUCUCACCCUGAAAGCCGACUGCCGCCAGCUGCGCGAGGCCCUCGACAAGAAAGAGAAAGAAAUCAUGAGGCUGCGAGCAGAGUCGGAGGAAAAGGAGAAGACCGUCAACAGACUCCAGUCCGAAGUGGACAGACUCAGCACCGACCUCCGGGAAAACGUUGCAGAAUUAUCGAAGAACAAAGAAACCAGUAAAAACGAAAUAGAGAGACUAAAAACCGAACUAAAAGAGCUGAGACAGGAGCUAUCUGACGUCUCCCUCAGCGGUUAUGAAGGCAUCGAGUGCGGAAGAACCAUGAGGGGAAUAUACGACGUGUGUAAAACCAACGAGUACCAUUGGACAUCAAGCGACAGUGCCUUAGAAGACGCAGAGGUCCAAAGACUGAACGGAGAGCUUCCCGACCCGUGCGGUGACCAGUGUCCCGCCAGCGCCAUGGUCGAUCGCCUCAAAUGCGAACUCGAGAGCAAAGACACACAGUUCAACAACGAAAGGAGAAAAUGGUCCGAGGAGAAAGACAAAGUACUAAGAUACCAGAAGCAGUUACAAAUGAACUACGUCCAAAUGUUUAAGCGCUCGCGUACCCUUGAGGCCGAAGUCGACGGCUUAAGACUAGAACUCGAACUAUGCAACAAAAACAUGAAGAAUAUAAACAAACACGGAAAGACAAUAGAGUUGUAACAUUACCAAAUUAAUAAUUUAAUAUUUAUAUAGACAAGGCUAUCUUUUUCUAUUGUAAAUAGUUAAUUUUAGUUGUGGAGUAUCUCCGGUCUCUUGCCUGUGGUUCGGUUAGUUGUCAGUAUUUGUUUAGACUACGAUAGAUAAUACUCAACUGACAAUGACAAUGUAUCACGUAAAAGUUUAAAUUAUUGUACAUUUACUAAUAUUAUAAGGCGAUUAUCGAUAAACGUAUGCGAUUUUCAUAAAAAUAUCUUAAGUUAUUGUAGAUAAUAAAUCUAUUUUGGAAAAUAGAA